GUCGUGUAAAACGCCACGACAGAAAUACGACGUCGCGACAACAAUAUAACAGUAAUAAUAUUAUAAUAGCGAGUCGCGGAGAUGUGUGUCGCGCGCGCGUUGUUGCGUUAGUGUCCGUAACGCCUUGGCCGCGCAUCGUUCCACCACCUCGCCCACGCAGCCGGCGCUAGGUCUACGGACGCUAUUGAACUCCAUAUCACUACACUUUCCGGCUUUCAUAUCAAUCCACCGGCGCCGCACGCACCACGAUGAUAACCCUCACCACCGUGAAGGUGCCCGCUAUCCGCAACACCCUGCAGAAGUUAACGUCGACAUGGCAAUGCAGAAGCCUUGCAACUGAUGCCACAUUUGAUAUAAAAGCGUUCAAACUUCACAAAUUAGAAACCGGACCCAGUACUACAGUAACCGUGAGUAAAGAUGAGGCCAUAAAUUACUACAAGCAGAUGCAGUAUAUCAGACGUAUAGAAACGGCAGCCGGUAACUUGUACAAGGAGAAAAUCGUCAGAGGAUUUUGUCACUUAUACUCUGGACAGGAAGCUUGCGCAGUGGGCAUGAAAUCGGCAUUCCGCGAACAGGACUCAAUAAUAUCAGCGUACCGUGUUCACGGCUGGACAUACUUGAUGGGUGCAACACCCGUGGAGGUGUUGAGCGAACUCACCGGUCGAGUAGGCGGAGUAGUUCGCGGAAAAGGUGGUUCAAUGCACAUGUAUGGUAAAAACUUUUACGGCGGAAACGGCAUCGUCGGCGCUCAGGUGCCUUUAGGAGCGGGCGUUGCGUUGGCUGCAAAAUACUUGGGCACCGGAGGAGUGUGCUUUGCUCUGUACGGAGAUGGCGCCUCGAAUCAAGGACAAGUGUUCGAAGCAUACAAUAUGGCUAAAUUGUGGAACUUGCCCUGCGUGUUUGUCUGUGAGAACAACGGGUAUGCAAUGGGCACGAGUUCGGAACGGUCAGCUUCAAACACGUCUUACUACACCAGGGGCGAUUACAUACCCGGCAUUUGGGUAGACGGCAUGGACGUAUUGGCUGUUAGAGAAGCAUCAAAGUUUGCGGUGGAUCAUUGCAUUAAUGGAAAUGGCCCGAUACUUUUAGAAACAGUUACCUAUAGGUAUUCCGGUCAUUCAAUGUCUGAUCCUGGCACAUCAUACAGAACUCGAGCUGAAAUCCAGGCUGUAAGGAUGACUAGAGACCCAAUUACAUCGUUUAAAGAAAAAAUACUCUCUACCAACCUUGCAACCGUUGACGAUCUCAAGAAAAUCGAUAGUGAGAUAAAAAUAGAAAUAGAUCAAGCGGUCGUGAAAUCAAAGGAAGAUGCAGAAAUAUCACUGGAUGAGUUGGCCAGUGACAUAUAUGCCAAACCACUUGAAAACGAACAUCGAGGGGUAGUACCCUGGCAAAAGUUAAAACAUGUUAGAAUUGGACCAGCUUUCAAUAUUAAAUAAGUUUAUUAAAAUAAAUGAUAUCAGGGUAAAUGAAAUUUGUAAAGAUUGUACAUUUUGAUGUGAUGGAGUCGGACCACAUUAGGCAGGGUAUUUGUUUUUUUGAACCCAUAAUGUAUAGGUAAUAUUGAUUUGUUGACUUCUGAAAUAUUUUUUAUUAAAUGUUAUUUGUUCUUAGACUUGCUACUAUUUUUUUUAUAUAAAUUGUUUGUUAAUUUCAACUCAAAAAAGUAUAAUAAAAUAAAUAACUCACUUUAUUAUUUAUACUUUUUUAGUCACAUUGGAUUAACUCAUAUAUAAUAAAAAUGAUAAUGGUAUUGUAUAGAACAAGUAAUAAGUAAUAUCAUCAUAAAUUAUAAAAUGCAACUAAUAAUUAUAAAUUAAUUAAAUCACGAAAAUAAAUUUAAGUACCGUUGUAGUUGGAAUUUGUUUUUUGUUUAAAAACAGUAUGUGCCUAUUUAAUUAUAUUAGAAACAAUGCUUUUGGUCCAAACUCUGUUGAAGAAAUAUUAUUAAGAAUUGAUGUACACUUGAACUGCUGUAUUAUAUAUUAGGUCAUAAUGGAUUUUUAAAGUUUUUAUAAAAAUGUGUGUACCUAUCGUCCGUAUCUAUAUGACUGAUGUCUGAUAAGUGAUACCUAUCCUAAAUAAUUAUCUUUUUGUAAUUAUAUAGCAUGAGGCUGAUGGAAUGUUGAUUAAAUAUUUAAAUAUAUUAUGUUAUGAACAA